AUGGAUGAAAUCAGAUGGAAUGAGGUGAACGAUGGCACACUGGACUCUUUGAAGCCAGUCAUUUUGUCUGGGUCUACGUCUCGGCGCCGUGCUGGUCUUCAUGAACUUCACGAGAAAAUCCUCUCGCACGAGUUGCCGAAAGAACUAGAUAGGCCUCUUCUCAAUCUCCUCUUCGGAACCUACCCUAUCUACAUUGACCGAGAUUCCCGCCGAGAUGCGCAGCGAUGUAUUCGCGAUAUCUUUCGAGCUCCAAUAUCAUCCGUCGACCUCAAGGAUUUCGCGUGCAGGCUCCAGGACGAGUGCUCUAAAUCGACUAUCGCUGCUGCCAAUGCCUUCGUUCUCAUCGAAUGGUGCACUUUGUUUCUACAGCACCUGAGCCAACGUGGGGUGGAAAAGCUUGAGGAUACGACGCAAUUGGCGGUCAAUGUCCUGUCUGCAAACUCAAAAGCACUAGAGACGUGUUUACGUUCCUCUAGGAAGGAAGGAUUGAAACACUCCGCGGUUAUCGUAUCUAGACGUGCUUUGCGGGCGGUUUUGUCAAAGGAGGACUACGGUAAUGAGGUGGUGCGGCGACUUGUCCGCCAGCUUACCGCCGAGGGCGCGUUAGGAUUCAGAAAUGCGCCUUACCUAGGCGUUUUAUCCGGUGUUUGCGCAAGGCUCCCUAAAAGGAAACCCAUUUUGGAGGAGAUGAAAGCGGACGUUUUCAAAUUUUACAUCAAGGAUGUCCUGGGUUCGCGGACAGUGGUUCCCAGGCACAUUGCCGAUGGCCUAGGAGAUUUUUUCAGCACCUAUACCUCUGCGGAAGAUCUCCAAAAAGAAAUAUGGCCGGCCGUUGAAAAAGCUAUAUUGAGGAGUCCGGAGGUGGUUUUCGCCGGGAUUAUUCCGUCUCUCGUUUCUGGAAUUCCACAAGAAUUCGAUUUAUCCGAAAUAGUCUUCACACGACUUAUAAAACCUCUCCUUGCAAGCUUGAAAUCCGCCAAUUUUCCAGUCAGGCAGGGUGCGACCAAAGCUUUUGAAGCCUUGAUUGCCAGAUGCAGCGAAGAGACGUGGCUUCUUAAAAUCGUCGAUGAAAUUAUUCUUCCAUUGAGAACCUCAAAAAUAUCAAAUGCUGAACAUCGUGCGCUCCAAGCACAAAUCCUGACCGCUCUUAAUUGUUUUCCGGAGUUAUCUAACAAGGUUCUCUCUGGCCUUUCCCCCGUUUUUGCCCGUGAAAGCAAUGAAGUCGCACUUGAAUCUGAAAUACAAGCCUUCUGUCACCAUCUAACAUAUCUAAUACGUUCCCGAUCUGCGAUUAGCAAAGACCAUUUUGCCGUUGUUACUAAAGGCUGCGGCGAGAAACGAAGUUCUUUUCGUAAACUCUGGAUUUCUCAUGUUGGGGAAGUAAUUUGGAAUCUCGACGGUGAUUCCUUAGUUUCUUCAUCCAAUAUGAAAAUGGAGUUUUUGAAACCAGUGGCUGAUAAAUUUCUACUUUCCUAUGAUGAAAUAACCGCAAAUCCACUGCCUGCGGUUCAAGGAGGAACGAUUCUAAUAGCCUAUGUCCUCUUGGCUCUGUCAUGUCAAAACCUCCAAGGAGUGAAGCUUGAUAGCGGCGAUUUACUUGUCAAUAGUGAUGAUAUUAUCAGCCAGGCCUUGUCAUGGUCUUCCAAGCAGUCUUUCCUGCUUAACCCCAGGGUCUUCUCAAAGCUGACUUCGAAGAAUGAACUCAUAUGGAAUAUUCGCGCUUUAUCCAACGUUUCUACGCAGCCCGCCUUUCAGAAUGUAGAUCCAAGCGUAAGAGAUGCUUGGGCACAGGCAUUUAUUUAUGUCAUUGCUGCGGCUGCUACUCCUACAAAGGUUCGAGAAUUCGCUGUUGCUCAGUUAACCCGUUGCUAUUUCAAGAGUCCACAGAUGAUUGGGUCCACCGUCAUCAACGGGAUAUGGAAAUGGCUCCUUGCGGUCGAUACGGGAGACAGAGAUUCAGCCGCAUUCAGUGCAGCAACUGGCCGUGAUAAACUUUUACUCGCAAUUAGGGCCAUCGUUCCGCCUCCUUCGGAAACACCAGGAGAUGCUAUGGAUCGCUCGAUCCUCGAUCCGCAGUUAAUUGAACUCUUAGUCUUAUGCCGUCCAGAGCUGAUUCCUAAAGCUAACUGGAUAGAUAUCACCCUGCGGGCUGGCUCAGACCCUGGUAAAAUUGCUGAAAAUUACCCUCAAGAGUGCAUUUCACAGAUUCUCCUUGCCACCGAAGAUCCGGUCCGAGUAGAACUAUCUAAGGGAAGGAAUGCGGCGUGGAGUGCUGCUGCGGACCUCGCUUUUGUUGCCCCCGACGUUAUGAUACCCAAACUGGUCAAGCAAUUCAAGGAAGAUUUGAGCGUUGAAAGAUUCACCGAGUUCGGGCCGAUGGAUAUUGCAAUUGCACGACAUCCAGAAGGUACCGUUUUCAUUGAUGUUCUCAGUACCAAAACAAAACAGCUACCAGGAAAGGGAGAUAAAGAUUAUGACACCCUAAAAUGGGAGGAAGAACUUCGAGCUGAAAUGGCUCAAAAACGAGGUCAACAGCAGAAGAAACUUACUGCAGAGGAACAGGCGAAACUGAAGGCACAACUUGCAAAGGAGACUGAAAUUAGAAAAAACGUUAAAUACCAGGAACAGAUCAUUCGAAGAGGAGCGGGUAUCAUUGAAAACCUUGCUAGGGGUCCAUCGACCGAAACAAGCAGAUGGAUAAACCCUGCAGUCAGCGCCUUGCAAAGACUUAUUCGAGCUGGCGCCGGUGCAUUGGUUGGUAGUAGUAUCGCUGAAGCCUAUAUUUCGUGCACCAGCCGAAUUUCCAGUCGCUUAGAAGAAAUCCGGCCUUUCGUUGGAAUCGCUACCCUUCGUUGCCUAGGAAGGACUUACUUACCCUCUGAACUCGAAGUUGAACCGCUGGGAAGUCUUGUGACUCGAAUUCUCUAUCGAAUUCGGCUUGCUUCUGAGCAGCGGCCAUUUGAUGUUGUCUCCUUCGGCAUUGUACUUCAAUUAAUCAUUGUUCUUCUUGAAAAAGAUGGUGUUGAAGAAACUGCGGAAAGCCGAGGGGAACAGGUUCUUCUCGCGCUAGAGUUUCUCUCGAUCCAUGCCAAUCUAUUUUCCGAUGAGAGGCUGCCAAGAGCCGAGGUCUUGCGGAAACUGAUCUCUGCAAUGCGAAUUCAUGCUGAACAUUAUAAAUUGAUGAGAGAUCUUCUUGUCGAUAUUUGCCGUUCUAUAACAGAUAAUGUCCAACCGGAUGAACUCACCGUUCUCCUUCAAGGGGUCAUAGUUCCAGAAGCAUCGGUUCGAACCGCCGUUUUGCAGGCCAUCGAGACUGAGAUAGACCUAACAGAUCUUGACUUUUCUGAGUAUAUCUGGUUAGGUUGUCACGACCAUGUGGAUGAGAAUUCUGAAAUAUCCAAAGCCAUAUGGGAAGAGAAUGCUUUGGAGGUUGAUGAGAACUCGCCAGAUUCCCUUCUAAAAUACCUUGGUAGCGCUGAUUCGCAGUUACGCAGCGCGGCGGCAGAAGCACUCGCCCAUGCUUGCGAAGUCGGAGCCUCCAUUUUCUCUGCUACUAUGGAAAAGCUCGAAUCUCGGUACCGCGAUGAAAUCAAACCAAAAGCCCCGGAGAAAGACGCCUACGGCAUGCCAAAGAAAAUGGAAACACCGGACAAUUGGGAGCUGCGAAGCGGCAUCGCUCUCGCACUCAAAUCCAUGGCUCAGGGUUUUCAUGGAGAUCAAAUUGUUUCAUUUCUGCAAUUCCUGAUCAACGAUGGCCCACUAAUUGAUCGGAAUGCGUCAGUUCGGCGGCAAAUGGCUGAGAGCGGGAGUGCAGCGAUUACUUUGCAUGGACAGGAGAAAGUGGAAGAGUUAAUGCAACUUUUCGAGAAGACCUUGGAGACAUCCGACAAAGCGACCGAACAGUCAGACUGGCUUAACGAGGCUGUUAUUAUCUUAUAUGGUUCACUUGCGCGCCAUCUCAAGGCAGGGGAUAAACGUUUGCAGACAGUGAUUAGGAAACUCCUGGAAGCUCUUUCCACUCCAUCCGAAUCCGUUCAAUUUGCGGUAUCUGAAUGCUUAACACCUCUUAUUCGACUCUCGUCAUCAGAAACUACUACUUACGCAGAAGAGCUGAUGGAUCAACUUUUGCACUCAAAGAAAUAUGCCACACGAAGGGGUGCCGCAUAUGGGUUAGCAGGCAUUGUGAAUGGAAAAGGCGUAUCUGCUUUACGCGAAUUCCGGAUCAUGCCCCGACUGAAAGACGCGUCUGAAAAUAAGAAGGAUCCGAACGAAAGACAAGGCUCACUACUCGCUAUUGAGCUUUUGUCUGUGAUCCUCGGCCGAUUGUUUGAGCCAUACAUCAUCCAGGCAGUACCUCAAUUACUGACUGCUUUUGGUGAUCCUAGCAUCGAUGUUCGAGAUGCAUGUUUAGACGCCGCCAAAGCAUGUUUUGCAAGCUUGAGUUCAUAUGGCGUGAAACAAAUUCUACCAACCCUGUUAGAGGGAUUGGAUGAUCAACAAUGGAGGAGCAAGAAAGGUGCCUGCGACCUUCUUGGUGCUAUGGCGUAUCUUGACCCUCAACAACUCGCCGUCAGCCUUCCCGAUAUCAUCCCUCCUCUCACCGUCGUGCUCAACGACAGCCAUAAGGAAGUCCGCAAUUCUGCGAACAGGAGUCUUCAACGUUUUGGCGAUGUCAUUAGCAAUCCCGAAGUGAAAAGCCUUGUUAACAUUUUACUAAAAGCUCUGAGUGAUCCCACGAGGUAUACGGACGAAGCACUGGAUGCCUUGAUCAAAGUGUCUUUUGUCCAUUAUCUAGAUGCGCCGUCAUUGGCGCUCGUCGUGAGGAUUCUAGAGAGAGGUCUUGGUGACCGCUCAACGACGAAACGAAAAGCUGCUCAGAUCAUCGGCAGUUUGGCUCAUCUUACGGAACGGAAAGACCUUACCUCACAUCUACCAAUCUUGGUUGCUGGUCUCAAACUCGCGAUUGUCGACCCGGUUCCUACUACACGUGCAACAGCUUCUAAGGCUCUUGGUUCACUCAUCGAAAAGCUUGGAGAAGAAACAUUGCCAGACCUGAUUCCAAGCUUAAUGACGACCCUCAAAUCAGACACUGGAGCGGGAGAUCGCCUAGGUUCUGCUCAAGCCCUUUCCGAAGUUCUUGCCGGGCUCGGCACCUCUCGUCUCGAAGAAACGCUGCCAUCGAUCUUGCAGAACGUGUCCAGCUCGAAGUCCGCUGUCCGAGAAGGGUUCAUGUCAUUAUUCAUUUUCCUUCCCGCUUGUUUCGGGAACAGCUUUGCUUCAUAUCUCAGUAGGAUCAUUCCUCCGAUCUUAUCGGGCUUGGCCGAUGAUGUGGAAGCAAUUAGAGAAACUUCUCUACGGGCUGGUCGCCUGUUGGUCAAGAAUUUUGCGACUAAAUCCAUUGAUUUAUUAUUACCUGAACUUGAACGAGGUCUUGCGGAUGAUAGCCACCGUAUUCGACUUAGCUCCGUUGAACUUGUGGGAGAUCUACUGUUUAAUCUCACUGGUAUAAAUACCAAGGGGGAAUUCGAUGAAGAGGAUGAUACUGCGGCCCAAGCCGGUCAAUCUCUUCUCGAGGUGCUUGGUGAAGAUAAGCGAAAUAAAGUGUUAUCUGCACUCUAUAUAUGUCGGUGUGAUACUUCAGGUCUCGUUCGCAGCGCUGCAAUCAACGUUUGGAAGGCUUUGGUUGCAAGUCCACGGACUCUCAAAGAAUUGGUACCGACGUUGACCCAACUCAUUAUCCGUCGCCUUGGAAGCGCGAACAUGGAACAGAAGGUCAUUGCCGGCAAUGCAUUGGGUGAAUUGAUUAAGAAGGCGGGCGAAGGAGUUCUUUCAACGCUCUUACCAUCGCUCGAAGAGGGCCUCCUAUCCUCCACCGAAGUUGACGCCAGGCAAGGCAUUUGUAUUGCUCUCCGCGAGCUCGUUGUUUCGUCAUCCGAAGAAUCUCUCGAAUCUUAUGAAAAGAUUCUUAUCUCUAUUGUCCGAACGGCACUACUAGACGCUAAUCAGGACGUUCGCGAAGCAGCCGCAGAGGCUUUCGAUGCUCUGCAACAGGCUUUAGGUAAACGCAUCGUCGAUCGCGUAUUACCGGAUCUCCUUAAUUUGUUGCAUACGGACGCCGACGCUGAUAGGGCUCUUGCCGCUCUUCUUACACUUCUCACUGAGAAUACUCGGGCCAAUAUUAUCCUCCCCAAUCUCAUUCCAACCCUUCUUGCGAACCCAAUGACCGUUUUCAACACAAAGGCCCUGGUUUCUUUAGCUGAAGUCGCUGGCGGUGCUCUCACUCGACGAUUGCCCAACAUCUUGAACACCCUAAUAGAUAACUCCCUUUCAGCAAAGAAUGAAAGACUGCGACCCGAAAUCACCAACGCUUUUGACGCGGUCCUCAAUUCAGUGGACGAAUUUGAUGGAUUAAAUGCGGCGAUGAGCGUAAUGCUUACACUCAUGAAACACGAAGACCAUCGCAAACGCGCAGCUGCUGCAAAGCGUUUGUCGUCGUUUUUCGCCAAGACCACCCUCGACAUCUCUCGUUACUAUCCUGAAUUAAUUCGCGUGUGCCUUAUAUCAUUUGAUGAUUAUGAUAGAGACGUUGUGGCUGCGUCUUGGGAAGCUCUUAGCCAGCUAACAUCGCACAUGAGAAAAGAGGAAAUGGAACUAUCGGGCGAUAUCAUCGACAGAACCAGCCCAGACUCCCUUAAACCGUUUGUGACCCAUAUCACUGGCCCGCUGAUCCGAGUGGUAUCGGAACGUUCUGUGGAUAUCAAAUGUGCCGUUUUCUUGGCUAUCAACAAGCUGCUGGAGAAGAUACCGCUGUUUGUCAAACCAUUCCUGCCUCAAUUGCAAAGAAUCUUUGCCAGAGGAUUAGCGGAUUCAACUAGCGAAAUACUUCGGUCAAGAGCGGCUAAGGGCUUGGGAAUCCUUAUCACAUUAACUCCUAGAGUUGAUCCCCUUAUUUCAGAGCUUGUUGCUGGUUCCAAAACGACGGAUUCGGGUGUCAAAAAUGCAAUGCUCCGUGCCUUGCAUGAGGUUGUUGAUAAAGCAGGCAAGAAUAUGAGCGAUGCAUCCAAACAAACGAUACUUGAUCUUGUCGACGAGCAAUCGAAUGAUCGCGAUGACGCCACGAACAUCACCAAUGCGCAGCUUGUUGGUGCGCUUAUAAAGGCUCUUCCAGAAGCCAAAGCUGUGCCUCUUAUCAAAAAUCGAGUCCUUACCACGCAUUAUACUCAUCUAUCUAUCCUCGCACUCAAUUCUAUUUUGGCUGAGUCGCCAAAAUCAAUUAGUGACGACUUCCCGGAUGAGACUCUGUCAAUUAUAUGCGAAGGUAUCAAAAAUAAGGAUGUUUUCAUCGCCGAGAAUAGUGUCCUUGCGGCCGGUAAAUAUCUCUUGACAACAGACAUUGAUCGAGAUGCCGAAACGGACAGGGUAGUACUAGACGCUUUGGCGUCGGUAAUACCUCCUGGUAAUCCGGCAGAUAUCCGUCGUGUGGCCUUGGUCGUCCUCAGGACAGUUAGCCGCCUUGAACCUGAUCUUGUUGGGCCACAUCUUUCUCUGCUAGUACCGCCUGUGUUCUCUAGCGUUCGGGACCUUAUUAUCCCAAUCAAGCUUGGUGCUGAGGCAACUUUCCUGGCGUUGCUCCAGGUGGUGGAGGCAGGGGGGGUUAUUUUCGACAGGUAUAUCCAAGGACCUGGGGCAAACCUUCCGAUGCCAACAAAGCGAAGCAUGCAAGACUACUUUAAACGUGUUGCUGAAAGGUGGAUCUGGGCGAUUUCUCUGAGGAUUAAAAGCCAGCCCGACCUGGAGGUCUAUAUUUCCGUUUUGGUAAUCGGCUGUGACAAACCCUGUUCCACCCACAUCCUCACUUGUUGGCGAUGUCGAGAUUCGAACAACCAUCCAUCGACAAAAUCGGCUAUCGACUUUAACGGCAUCAAGAUGGUCAACCUUCGCACUCAGAAGCGCCUGGCCGCUGCCGUCGUCGGCUGCGGAAAACGCAAGAUCUGGCUUGAUCCCAACGAAGUCAACGAAAUCUCCACCGCCAAUUCCCGCCAGACCAUCCGGAAACUCAUCAGCGAUGGCCUCAUCAUCCACAAGCCCGUUACCAUGCACUCCCGUGCCAGAGCCCGUGAACUCUCAGAAGCUCGCAAAAUCGGCAGACAUCGAGGGUUCGGUAAGCGAAAGGGUACCAAGGACGCCAGAAUGCCAAGCCAAGUUCUCUGGAUGCGCCGCCUCCGUGUCCUCCGUCGACUUCUCGCCAAGUACCGUGCCUCCGGCAAGAUUGACAAGCACCUUUACCAUGAACUGUACCACCUGAGCAAGGGUAACACCUUCAAACACAAGCGUGCCCUUGUCGAACAUAUCCACAAGGCCAAGGCCGAGAAGCAACGUGAACGUGUGCUUAAGGAAGAGAUGGAUGCCAAACGUGCCAAGACCAAGGCUGCCCGUGAGCGACGACAAGAGCGCAUCGCUGCCAAGAGAAACGCUCUUGCUGGGGAGACUGAGGAGGCCUAA